UGCGCGCGCGAACUUGUCUGGCGCAUUUGCACGUGGUCCGCUGUUGGAAGCGAUUUUGACCGUCGAAGCGGUUGGAACCUCGUGGAUUACACCGAAAGCUCUCGCAGGCACGUACCUACUGCUUCACCGGACCAGUUCUUGGCGCUGGCACCGCGAACGGAUACCCCUCGGAUUAUCAUCGGCCGUGGUUCUGUUCUCGCAGCACGUGGUGGUUUGUGUCAUUUUGGCGCCCUUCUUCGCCUCCGUUGAUGUGUGACGUGUGAUCGCGGCGGCUCUCCUGAGGAUGGUGCCCCACAGCUCGGGUAGCGUGGACGCGGAUAACACGAUGGAGCAGCAGCAGAAGAGACGCAGCGCACAGCCUUUCGGCUCGCUCAAGGUGGACGUCAAUUCGCCGACGCCGUACACGGAUGCCACCCAGUGCAAGAAGGUGACGAAUCACAUCAAGAGGCCCAUGAACGCGUUCAUGGUGUGGAGCCAGAUCGAGCGGCGCAAGAUUUGCGAGCAGCAGCCGGACAUGCACAACGCGGAAAUUAGCAAGCGGCUCGGAAUGCGUUGGAAGAUGCUGACCGAUCAGGAGCGCAAGCCGUACAUCGAAGAGGCCGAUCGGCUGCGACUGCUGCACAUGCAGGAGUAUCCGGACUACAAGUACAGGCCGCGCAAGAAGGUCAAGGCUGGCGGAGCCUCGACGACGACCGCCGCCGCCAAGCCGGCAACGGAACGCCAGGCCGCGUCUGCUCCCGCCAAACAUUCUCACCACUCUGUGGCCAAGGUGAGCACGAUCGCCGCCACCGCCCAUGUCCCGGUCAAGUCGCACCACCACCACCACCACAAGAGCUCAUCGUCGCACCAUCACCACAAGUCUUCCGGUCACCGCGAACAUCAUCAUCACCACCACCACCACCAUCACAAGUCCAAAAAGUCUUGCGUUCAGAUCGCGUCCGUGGCGCCGGUGAACGGCAACGGUCACCCCCGGCUCAAGCUGAAGCUCACUAUCGACGACAAGUUCAAGAAGAGCAUCAGCCGCAGCAAACACGUACCCGUAGCUACGGGCCAGCUGACGCCGCCGGCAAAGGUGCCGUGUUCGCCAUCGGCCGAGGAACCGGCCUCGCCCGAGAGCACCAAUGUGUCGCUGUACGAAGACAUGGUCGUGGACGUCAAGCCCUCGAUCGCCGAUCUGAUGGCCGCUAGCUCGGCCGUCUCGCCCUCGAGCACUUGCUCGUCUUCGACUGUUUCGUCCUCGUCUUCAUCCUCGUCCUCCUCCUCAUCGUCGGCGUCGUCCGUCCAGUCCAACCAGCUGAAUCAGCGAUUCUCGGACACCUCGGCGCUCGCCGAUCUGGACCACAUCACGGAGGUGUUCGACCUGGCCUCCAACUGGGGCGCGAACGAACUGAACGCGUUCGUGAUGAACACCUCUCUCGGCGACAUGGACGUAAUGGAUAGUGCAAGUUCGAGUUCGGCCACUCACUUCCAGUUUCCCGACCUGACGCCCGAAGUGUCAGACAUACUCGGCGUUGGGUGGCUUGAGAACAGUCUCUCCUGCAACGAGCGGCGCAAGAUUUGCGAGCAGCAGCCGGACAUGCACAACGCGGAAAUUAGCAAGCGGCUCGGAAUGCGUUGGAAGAUGCUGACCGAUCAGGAGCGCAAGCCGUACAUCGAAGAGGCCGAUCGGCUGCGACUGCUGCACAUGCAGGAGUAUCCGGACUACAAGUACAGGCCGCGCAAGAAGGUCAAGGCUGGCGGAGCCUCGACGACGACCGCCGCCAAGCCGGCAACGGAACGCCAGGCCGCGUCUGCUCCCGCCAAACAUUCUCACCACUCUGUGGCCAAGGUGAGCACGAUCGCCGCCGCCGCCCAUGUCCCGGUCAAGUCGCACCACCACCACCACCACAAGAGCUCAUCGUCGCACCAUCACCAUCACCACAAGUCUUCCGGUCACCGCGAACAUCAUCAUCACCACCACCACCACCAUCACAAGUCCAAAAGUCUUGCGCAGAUCGCGUCCGUGGCGCCGGUGAACGGCAACGGUCACCCCCGGCUCAAGCUGAAGCUCACUAUCGACGACAAGUUCAAGAAGAGCAUCAGCCGCAGCAAACACGUACCCGUAGCUACGGGCCAGCUGACGCCGCCGGCAAAGGUGCCGUGUUCGCCAUCGGCCGAGGAACCGGCCUCGCCCGAGAGCACCAAUGUGUCGCUGUACGAAGACAUGGUCGUGGACGUCAAGCCCUCGAUCGCCGAUCUGAUGGCCGCUAGCUCGGCCGUCUCGCCCUCGAGCACUUGCUCGUCUUCGACUGUUUCGUCCUCGUCUUCAUCCUCGUCCUCCUCCUCAUCGUCGGCGUCGUCCGUCCAGUCGAACCAGCUGAAUCAGCGGUUCUCGGACACCUCGGCGCUCGCCGAUCUGGACCACAUCACGGAGGUGUUCGACCUGGCCUCCAACUGGGGCGCGAACGAACUGAACGCGUUCGUGAUGAACACCUCUCUCGGCGACAUGGACGAGGAUAGUGCAAGUUCGAGUUCGGCCACUCACUUCCAAUUUCCCGACCUGACGCCCGAAGUGUCAGACAUACUCGGCGUUGGGUGGCUUGAGAACAGUCUCUCCUGCUGAAAGCGACGGCAACCAUCUCGAAUACCCCGUAUGUUUGUCAACUUCUCACUAACUCAUCUUCUAGCCUUCAUUUUUUUUUUCUCGCUAAUUGUUUUGCUGCCCGCCAGCUUUGAGGUUCUAUGUUUAAAUUGCCCUUCCCAACCAGUUCUUUUUCUUCUCCUUCGCAGCGUCUAUGAAUUAGUGAUGUCCUGAAUCCCGUAUCUGAGAAAAAAUCUACCGUUCAUGUUCUCACGGACAGCUUUCCGAUCUCUCGCCUACAAUCACUUUCCCUAAAACUUGUGUCUUAACGCGUCCUGUUCUUAUUGAGUAUUCACUGAGGCAGUGAAACUGCUUGCACGUGGGGAGGCUUGUCCUGCUAGCUCGCGCAGUUAUCUAUACGAGCUCUUGAGGAAAAAAAAAAAAAACGACAAAGCUGCUGUCGAAACACGCUUGCAGAGCACGUGUUCCCCGCGGUCUUUUUUUUUUUUUCUCUUUUCCGCCCCUCUGUGUCGUUUUAAUUCCGUGUUGCCGGUAUGUCGUCAUUCGCUUUUCCUUUCUGUUCGUUUCUUUUUUUUUCCACGCUCCUUUUUCCUAGUGUCCGCUGUUUCCUCGACGGGCUCAUACGUUUCCGGCAACCCUUCUUUCUGUACUUUUUCUUUCUACGUCUCUCCGUUGGCCUCACUCCCGUUUUGUCGCUGGCGACCUCGGAAGGAGUUUAAAACAAUAAAAAGAGAGAGAAAAAAAAAACAAGACUUCUGCGGCCGUCUUACCCCUUUUACCUCGUAGCGUUUCACUUGAGCUAGAGUAAGGAAAAAAAAAAUGAUCUCACUUCCACCAACUCUACCAAACAACCUGUUUGUCCCACUUCCCUUUUUCUUUCCUUUUUUUUUUUGUUACGCAGCGUACUUGUAAAAGCUAGAACGCAGCAGGCGUUUGGGUUCGGUCCUUUCGGAAAAAAAGAUCCCGCAGCUGUGGUGCUUGUCUUGGCUUGGGCUCGUGACGGAUUUGCCACCUGCGAAUGUGUCUGCAUGCCUCUCUUCUACGCCAAGCUUUCAAACAAACGAACGAGAAACGUCAAGGCGUAAAUGGUAACGACAACCUUUCGCCUUGGUUCAAUUUCUUCUUUAACCAUCUGCGUCGCACUCGCUGUAACAAUCUUGCAGCGUUUAAUAAACCUCUGAGGCAUGUUUCAUAAGCCGCGCUAGCCUCCUCCCCUUACUCUUUUUUUUUCGCCCCUACUGUAUCGCAGAUUACAAGCGAGAGUUUGCCAAUAUGUGCGGCGUUGUAUUAUUCAGAGGCGUUAGUUGACUGAUGUCCACUGAGGUGCACAAGACUAUCUUCUACACGAAGUGCUGGUCAUUUGCCAAGUUCCUUUUCGGAGUUUUUGUACUGCAGCGUGCAUUUCAGACUCUCGGAAGUUCGCUAUAGAAAAGUGGUUACAGCUUCAGGGGCUAACCUCAUCUGUGUAGAUACGUCCAAGUUGCCCCGGAGAUAGUUUGUGCUGGAACUGGCGUUGCAAAGAAAAUUGCGAUGUAUUCGUUCAUUUCGUCGCCUACGCUCCGUUUUUCUGAGUCAGCAGCGUAUGUCGGAGAAGGGCGAAUACGCAGCGGAGAUGUUGUUUCACAGUCAUUUUUUUUUUCUUUUUUUUUGUCGAUGUUUUGACUCGCCUAAGUUUCUCCAGAACUCCAUCGUCCCGACCAGUUAGCUGGACCAAUAAAAAAACGUCUCACUGCGUCGUUUCAGACGUUACAAGCUAUAAUAAAUGUCCGUUCGUACGUGACGUAGUGUACUUCUUCCGAGAGGUAGUUUUAAGUGUCCUUGGCUGUAUAAAAAAAAAAAACAAAGCUUAAGCAUUCCGAAAGCAACUACAAUCUAUCUUUUAACAGCUUUUGUUCGUUCUACUGCCAGGGUUUGCGUAAGUCUUUUGGUUCGUUUUAAGUGGCUUAUAUUUUAUCUUGUGUGCGUGUUGUAUCACGUGACACAGUCCCGUCCUCAUCACACCAAUUGCACCCAUCAGUCGUCGUGGUGUAUGUUGGGAUAUCUCAUUGGAGCGUGGAUGCAUAGCUUUUUUUUAUUGGCUGGGCUACUGUACUUUGCGUUAUUUUGUUCGUACCGGCUGGACUAUUAUUUUUUUUUUCAUGUAUCGCACGUUUGAAUAGUGUUGGGGUGCGAGUACUUAUAUUGAUGGGCAUUAGUAUUUUUCCAACUUAAUCAGCGUUCAUUUCUUUUGUUCAAUUAAUAGCGGUAGCGAUGUAUAUUUUUUUUUUCUUUUGCUUCGCUGUGUUACGUGAUUCCUAUGACGUGAAUGGUAUAGAGCAACUAUUUCGAGCAAGCUGAUGUUUGUAUUAGAUGGAAAGUUCUUUGUAAUCGUUGUAUCGAGUGUAAACGUUGUUUUAACUCAUGACUUGUUUGCAGCAUUUACGAAAGAAUCUUAUCUUGUUUACUCAAACAAAAAAUUAAUUUGUAUGAAUAGAAAAGCAAAAAAAAAAAAAUGUUUUUCGCAUUGAUACGUCGGGAGAACUGUAAACACUACCGACGUUUCUUUGCACUUUCGUCUUAAAAGUAUGAAAUUGAAAGUUUAUUGUAAAUUUGUGGUCGUGUCAUUGCAACGAUGCUGUCAACGUGUCGUUUUAAAUGGUGUCCGCGUCUAUACUAAAGUCACGUUCGUUUAAAAAAUUCUUCUACAAACUAUUAGUAAAGAACAAGCUCUGUAUCUCGUUAGAUGUUCAUUUAGUGUGUUAACAAGUUACAGCGUUUUUGUUUCUGAUGUUUUAUUCGUUAUAUUUAAACUUCGUUUCCUCUGACGUCAAUUUGUUCUUUAUAGAUAUGGCAGAGUACUUGUCAAGUCCGUUGUCGAACAAUGAUAAAACGCUAUAAAAAUAGAUAAGAGAAAAACUGUCUUAUUUUGUUCCUGAUUUUUUUUUUUUCCUGUCGCAGUUGUGAUUUUGUUUCUCCGUGUUCGAGUCAGUGUUGGUUUCCAUGCGCUAUGCGUAUGUGUUGUUGGAAUAUUUUUUUUUCUUUUCCAUUUUGUGCAAAGCAGCUUAUGAAGUGUAUGUUCGGGCAAACCUAGCUUCACACAUUUUUUUUUUUUCGUGUAUUGUCGUCUGUAGUUUUGCGCUGUGCCGCUUUUUUUUUUGCUUGUUUUGCCUUUGUCCUUCAAGAAGCUGUUGUGAAAGUGUAUGCGUGUGUUUGUUCAACGUGUUUGUGCAAGUCCACAGAACAUUUUUUUUCUUCUAGAAGUUGGUCGCCAGGGCAAAAGUGUUGACCCUGCGUUUUCAGACCUUCCGAAACGCGUGUGUAAAUAUAUACAUAAUAAUUAUAAAUAUAUAUUAUAAAUAUAUCUUCGCAGCGCAUAGAUGAUAUAUGAAAGUAUAUUUGUACAUUUUAAUAAGAGAAGAAAAAAUGUCAAAAAAAUACAUGCAAAGGUAUCACGAUGCAAGUUUGUACCAUAGUGAAAAAAAAAAAGAUUUUUUCGUUUUACGAAAGCAUCGAAUAAAUGCAUUGUGCCAUCAAGAA